UGUCUUUUCCAUACCGUGUCGUCUACUGACAAGUUCGUAGAAUUUCUUGUCUCGUCAUUGUUCUGAGUGAAUUUUAGUUGUAACAUAUCCGGACUCCGGCGACAAAUCACCAAUCGGAAAAACAACUUGCAAGUGAAGAAACAACAUCAGAUUAACGAUGAAUGGGUUCAAGAACUCCCGUAUUUUGGUUCAGGAUGAGGAACCAAUUGUGGUUCCUGGAGCUGCUGACAUCCAGCCAGUGCUGACCCCCAAUGCAGAGGUAGAGCCAGCCGAAGGGGAGGCACCCGCCGUUCCCGCUGCUACUCCUGGGAUUGCACCUGAUCCCCAGCCGCAGAGUCCCAAUAGCGACUCGGAUAACACCGGGAACCUGGUCAUCGAUGAGAAUAAUGGGAACCAGGUGAAUCCGGAUGCCGAUGAUGCAUCGCCGCAGAAUGAGAUGAACGUUUUUUCGAAUGGUUUGAAGUGGACAACUGGUAUGGUCUACGACUGGGAUUUCGAGGAGGAGGACAAGCAGAGCAUUAGCAGUGAUGAGACUACCUCUGAGGAUGAUGCCAAAGAUGAAGUCGUAUCCAUUUCGGACUCGGAAAAUGAGUCUUAAUGCUUAACAUCUCGAAAUGUGUAUAUUCCGAACGUACAAAUUAAAUUUCUCUGAUAAUUUUCAGUACGACAUCUCAAGUAA